GAGAGAUGGAGAAAGGAGGGAGCGUGAAUGUGUGUGUGUGAGCGAGCCCGUGUGAAAGCGAGUUCCUAUGCACUGUACAGAGCGAAGCCGAGCUGUGCCGCCGCGUGGCGAGCUGUGUGUUCCCGUCUGAUUCCUGUGCGCUCUGCUGAGGCAGGGCUUACAGCGGCGGAGAUGCGGCUCCACUUGGAUCUCCAGCAUCACUGAAGAUCGGCACCCAGCUGGGGCACCACAAAGCAGCAUGGUAGGACGAGGAACCCACUGCUGACACCAGCGUGACUGAUGAUGACAGCCCACGCGUGGGUUACCAUGCGCCACAGCCGCGCCGCUUUAGGAGGAAACACAGCCAUGUGAAAGUGACUCGGCUGCCAGCAACUCUUGGACAUGUUUUCCAGGGCAAAGUCUGGAUUUUUGUCUGUGUUUAAACUUGUUUUUUUUCUCUCGGUGCUGUCUGGAUGCCCCGAACUGACCUGUCAAGCAAGGACCAAGGGCAGAUGGAAUAAAGGGGGAUCUCGUCUGCGCCAGGAGGACUCUCCGCCUCGAAUUGUGGAGCACCCCUCUGACCUGAUUGUAUCCAAAGGGGAGCCUGCCACUCUCAACUGUAAAGCAGAGGGGCGGCCAACCCCGACGGUGGAGUGGUACAAGGAUGGAGAGAGGGUGGAAACCGACAAAGACGAUCCGCGUUCUCACCGCAUGCUGCUUCCCACUGGCUCGCUUUUCUUCCUGCGUAUUGUUCAUGGACGACGGAGCAAACCGGACGAGGGGGCCUAUGUCUGUGUAGCCCGGAACUACCUGGGAGAAGCUGUCAGCCGUAACGCAUCUUUGGAAGUAGCAUUGCUGCGAGACGACUUUAGACAAAACCCUACUGAUGUGGUGGUAGCUGCUGGAGAACCUGCGAUUCUUGAAUGUGUUCCUCCUAGAGGUCAUCCUGAGCCCACCAUCUUUUGGAAAAAGGACAAAGUGCGAAUCAACGAUAAGGACGACAGGGAUGACAGGAUUACUAUUCGAGGAGGGAAGCUUAUGAUCUCCAACACAAGAAAGAGUGAUGCUGGCAUGUACGUUUGUGUGGGGACCAACAUGGUUGGAGAGCGGGACAGCGAGACAGCACAAGUAACAGUGUUUGAGCGACCAACCUUCCUCCGGAGACCCAUCAACCAGGUAGUCCUGGAGGAAGAGAUGGUGGAGUUUCGUUGCCAGGUGCAAGGAGACCCCCAACCCAAUGUGCGCUGGAGGAAGGAUGACAUCGAUGUUCCUCGUGGGAGGUAUGAGAUCAAGUACGACAAGGACGACUACAUACUGAGAGUGAAGAAAGCUUCUAUUAACGAUGAGGGCAUGUUCACCUGUGUGGCCGAGAACCGUGUAGGCAAGCUGGAGGCCUCUGCCUCUCUCACUGUCAGAGCUCGCCCUGUUGCCCCACCCCAGUUUGUCAUCCGUCCAAGAGAUCAAAUAGUAUCACAAGGCCGCACUGCCACCUUCCCAUGUGAAGCCAAAGGAAACCCUCAGCCUGCAGUUUUCUGGCAGAAAGAAGGAAGUCAGAAUUUGCUCUUUCCCAACCAACCCCAACAGCCCAACAGUCGCUUUUCCGUGUCGCCCAGCGGAGAGCUCACCAUCUCAUCUGUGCAGCGAUCAGAUGCCGGUUACUACAUUUGCCAGGCCCUGACUGUUGCGGGCAGCAUCCUUGCUAAGGCUCAGCUGGAGGUCACAGAUGUGCUAACAGACAGACCGCCACCUAUUAUUCGCCAAGGACCAUCCAAUCAGACACUCGGGGUGGACAGCGUGGCACUGUUGAAGUGUCAGGCAUCUGGAGACCCCAUCCCUUCCAUCAGCUGGCUGAAGGACGGGGUCAGUCUUUUGGGAAAGGACUCUCGGAUGUCCCUACAAGAGCUGGGCAGCCUGCAGAUCAAAAACAUCAAGCUUUCAGACUCUGGGAUCUACACGUGUGUGGCUACAAGCUCAAGUGGUGAAACGUCAUGGAGUGCUUUUUUAGAAGUCAAAGAAUCAGGUGGAGCCAUAGUUACAACGAACUUUGAUGAGAAUGAGCUUCCAGGCCCACCAUCUAAACCUCAAGUUACAGACGUUACCAAGAACAGUGUGUCCUUGUCCUGGCAGCCGGGCAUGACUGGAGCAUCACCUGUCUCUUCCUAUGUCAUUGAAGCAUUCAGUCAAUCAGUGAGCAACAGCUGGCAAACAGUAGCAGAUCAUGUCAAAACCACCCAGUUUACCGUCAAAGGUCUUCGUCCCAACACCAUCUACCUGUUCAUGGUUCGAGCAGUCAACACCCAGGGCCUGAGUGAUCCCAGCCCCAUGUCUGAUCCUGUCAGAACACAAGAUAUAAGCCCUCCAGCCCAGGGUGUUGACCACAGACAUGUGCAGAAGGAACUUGGUGAAGUCAUUGUUCGAUUGCAUAACCCAGUCGUACUGAGCCCCACAACCAUUCAGGUCACAUGGACUGUGGAUCGUCAGUCCCAGUUUAUUCAGGGUUACAGAGUUCUGUACAGACAGACGUCAGGGCUUCCUUCACCAGGACCAUGGCAGACCCAGGAUGUGAAGGUCCCCUCUGAGCGCAGUGUCAUCCUGUCAUUACUCAAGAAGGGAAUUGUUUAUGAGAUUAAGGUCCGGCCCUAUUUCAAUGAAUUCCAAGGCAUGGACAGUGAAUCCAGGACGGCACGGACCUCUGAGGAGGCUCCCAGCGCGCCUCCUCAGCAGGUAACAGUUCUGACCGUGGGAAACCAAAACAGCACUUCUAUUAGCAUCUCCUGGGACCCCCCUCCACCAGACCACCAGAACGGCAUCAUCCAAGAGUACAAGAUCUGGUGCCUGGGGAAUGAGACACGUUUCCAUGUGAAUAAGACGGUGGAUGCAGCCAUACGCUCGGUGGUGGUGGGGGGGCUGCAGGUGGGAGUGGUGUACCACGUGGAAGUGGCUGCCAGCACAAGUGCAGGAGUUGGAGUUAAGAGUGAACCUCAACCUAUUAUCAUUGGUAAAGAGUUUCGGGAUGUGAUUAUACACGGAAACCGGAACAACAGCAUCACAGAGCAGAUAACUGACGUGGUCAAACAGCCGGCUUUUAUUGCCGGUAUUGGAGGGGCCUGUUGGGUAAUCCUUAUGGGGUUCAGCAUCUGGCUGUACUGGAGAAGAAAGAAGAGAAAGGGUCUGAGCAACUACGCAGUUCAGUCCUUCACCUUCACCCCUGCAGUGACAUUCCAGAGAGUUGACGGUGGUCUGAUGAGCAACGGAAGCCGGCCGGGCUUGCUCAACGCCAGUGACCCAGGCUACCCCUGGUUAGCAGACUCUUGGCCGGCGACCAGCCUUCCUGUCAACAGCAACUCGGGGGGACCAAAUGACCUGAGUAAUUUCGGUCGAGGAGAUCUUCCCACUGGACAAGGGGAUAAGACCGGCACCAUGCUUUCUGAUGGAGCCAUCUACAGCAGCAUAGACUUCACCACCAAAACCAGCUACAACAGCCCUGGACAAGCAUCCCAAGCCACGCCAUAUGCCACCACUCAGAUUCUCCACUCCAGCAGUAUUCAUGAGCUGGCUGUGGACCUGCCUGAUGCACAGUGGAAGGCCUCGCUGCAGGCCAAACAGGAAAUGGCCAACCUGGGCUACUCCCUGCCCGACAAAAACUCCUGCAACAACACCCUCCUUUUCAUUCCUGACUACCGAUUGGCCGACGGAUUGGCUAAUAGAAUCCCACACAACCAAUCACAAGAUUUCAGCACCACCAGCUCUCACAACAGCUCAGAGCGAAGCGGCAGUCUCUCAGGUGGAAAGGGAGGAAAGAAGAAGAAAACGAAGGCCGGUUCGAAACCUGCUAAAGCUAAUGGGUCCAAUUGGGCCAAUGUACCCCUGCCCCCUCCCCCUAGUCACCCUCUGCCUGGCACUGAGAUGGAUCUUUAUCCCACCGAGCACCAUGACGGAGGAGGGUACGAGAGUGACACUUGGGGUCCACCCAUGCCUGUGCAGACAUACCUUCACCAGGGCAUGGAAGAUGAGCUAGAGGAAGAGGAGGAAAGGGUUCCCACCCCACCCAUCCGAGGGGUUGCCUCCUCCCCAGCUGCCAUGUCCUUUGGGCAGCAGUCCACAGUGACCCUCACCCCCUCGCCUCGAGAUGAGAUGCAGCCAAUGCUCCAAGCCCAUUUGGAUGAGCUGACCAGAGCAUACCAACUGGACAUGGCUAAACAGACAUGGCACAUGCAGGGGUGCUCUCUUCCUCCCCAGGCUCCGGCUCCUCCAGUGGGCUAUGUGUCAAGCACAAUGGUUUCCGAUCUGGAGACUGACUUGCCUGAUGAAGAGGACGAGGAGGACGACGAGGAGGAGGAUGAGGGCUACGGAGCCAGGCAUCCCCGCGGUAUCGAGCACACACCAGGGUCCAGCAUGGACAACCUGGACAGCUCUUUAACAGGUAAGGGCUUGUCCCACAGGCCCAGGCCCAGCAGUCCAUUUUCAACAGAUGGCAGCACAGUCGGCACACACAGCCUGGGCCACCAGAGGGCCACCAGGCCCACACGCAAACCACGAAGUCAGGGCACAACACCCCACCGGAGAGAUGCUGGUGCAGAUGACCUACCUCCUCCCCCUGAGCCCCCUCCCUGUCAGGGGCAGGGUCGCAUCCAAGGGGCUCGCAGUGUAAACAGCAUGGUACCACCCACAGACAGAAAGGCUUCUUCUCUAGAGCGCACGCCUUUGUCGGGGCCCCUGUGUGGGCUGGAGGACAUGAAAAGCUCCAUGGACAGACAGAUGCGCCCGUCUCUGGAACAUCAUCGCCAGGCUCAAGACAGGCUGGGCUCCAUGGACCGAGCGGAUGAUGGACGCAGGGGACCCAAAUCAGAGGAUGGAUGCCUGCCAUACAACAAACCUUCUUUCCCCUCACCUGGGGGCCACAGCUCCUCCGGCACCACCUCCUCCAAGGGCUCAACGGGGCCUCGGAAAACUGACGGUCCACGGCAGCCACAGCAGUGGACUGCUACUGAGCAUGCUGAAUUCUUGGGGGCCAACGGACAAGGACAGUACACAGGAGAGUUAUAGUGAUCUGCCUGGGGUGUAAUCUGGAGGCUGCCCCUCUUGGUGGGGCGAUGAACUUUGUCCAUACCUGUGUGUUUUCAAAGGGAAGGUGUCCAGCAGAAGGAACCACAGAGACAAACGGUGUCACAGAACUGUAAAUGUGAUGUAAAGACACAGACAUACUGUACAUCUCACUGUUUUUGUCCUCGAGAAAAUAUUUUCCACUUCCUACCUUACUGUAAUUUUCUUUUUGUUAGAAAAAGGCAAGUAAAAAUAAAAUAAAACAUCUGUAUGAGGAAAUAAAAAAAAUAACAUUUUCUUGUACCAACCCUUCCAGAAAAAGGGAUUUUUUUUGUUUCCUGUAAAUAUUUUCUUUGACUUAUUGUUGCAUUGCUAUGCAAACCUUAUUGAGUUUGAGCUUUUUAUUUCCAUAUACAGGAACAAUUGCGUUUUAUCUGGUUAUUUGUAUUAUAUGUGAAUUGAGUGGCUCUUGUGCCAUAAAAUAAUUGUUUUAUAAUCCAUUGUUUGUUGAUAGUUACCAUUAAUUAAUUAAUUGUUAUUAUCAUUAUUAAUAAUUAUUGUUUUUUGCACUGCAAUUUUUGGUGAUAAGCACAAAAACAAAGCUCCUGCUGACAUGAAGAACCGGACAAAUAUGUGAAGAGGAGUUUCUGUACUGUAAAGUAAAGAGAAGAAAAAUAUAUUCUAGUGUACAGAGAGAUAUUAAAGAGUAAUGCUUUUCUCACAGACAGCAACAAAGAAGGCACCCAAUUCUGCAGUCCAGACGAAUUGGGUGGCAGACACGCAAGUCCCAAGGGUGUGAUGGGGUGAUUUGAGGCCGACUGAUGGAAAAAAAAGAGAUUCUGUCCCAAUUUAAUGUCCCACAGUAGUUUAUCCGAAUCGUGUAGCCGAGGGUUUUAAAAUGUAUCAAUUCUUUUAAAUUAGUUUCGCUGCCUAAUAAAGUUUUACAACACAGAGUUUUUGCUCUUUUUAGGUAACUAGAAUGAAGACAGAGUUGAUUCUUACAUCAGGUCAGAGCACUCGUAGGCAAAUUGAAGAACUUCAGGGCUUUGUUGUAAAAAUGACACAAUUAUUAUAAUUAGUUGCAAUAAUUCUUCCUAACAUUAAAUAAAUGAAUAAAUCAGUGGAGCAUAUGAAGAUGUUUACAUUUUUAUUGUAAUUUUUUUUGUUUAUUUUUUAAUAUUUUUGCUUUUUAAAGCACUUAUCGUUUCUGACUGAUACAUUAGAUAUGGCAGCAUAGUGUCAGAAAAAAAAAACAUGCCUACUUGUUGGGUUGAUUCUUUUGAAAUAUGAGCUUUUUUUUCAAUCAGACGUUGGGUGAAAAACGUUGGUGCCUCUGUUAUUAAAACGCUACUUUCUGCACAGUCUCGUCUCAGAAACUUACAAAUAAAAGGGUGUGUAUGACUUGCCAUGUGGCUUUGAGUGAGAAAGAUAACAGAAAAAAAAAAGAAAAAGCUUUGAGUCAAUGAGUCCACUGCCUCCAUGUCUACAACCACAGUGUGGAGCGAAACACUUUCUAUCUGCCUGACUGCCACAAAACGCUCGUCUCAUCUGCCGCUUUCGACUUCACGGCCUCUGAUUCCGUAUUUUUUAUCUUCUCCAACAAUGUUCCUUUUUUUUAAAUGCAAAGCUUCUUUCUUUGUAUGCCUUUUAUGGACUUCAAGACGCUGCUUACAAAAAAUGUUUUCAAUUGUAAUGUUCAGGAUUUUUUGUGGUUUAAUGACUGUUUUUUGUCUUUUUUUGUACUGCUAAUGUUGAUAGAGGUGGGAAACUAAAGGCCAUCAAAUGUUAAUGUACUGUUGUCGUCAUGCCAUCAUCUCUUUUUAAUUUUAUUUUUUAUUUUUUAUUUACCAUCUACCCAGUGGCCAGUGUUCUGGAAAUGAGGUGCAGAGAGUAUCUCAGGUUAUUUUGCAUUCUGGUGGUGUUUAUGUAUGUGUAUAAAUGUGUAUAUAUCCAUACACAUCUCCACUUGUCAUUCCUUUUUUCAUUGGUAAAAAAAAAUCCCUCUCACGUUGGAUUCUGUCGACCUCCCCCUUAUUUUAUUCUUUUUUUUUCUGCUGUGGAUUUUGAUUCUCAAUAUGUGCUGGUUUAUCCACCUUAAGACAAGAUGUCAGUAAAAGAACAUACCAAAUUAAGAUUGAUAUUUCUAAUGUCUAAUGCGUUUUAAGUGUCUCUUUAAUACUCAUUGUUUUUUCUUUGAAACCACAGUGUCGUUUUGUAUUUAUUAAAAUGAUAAUAAAGGUAUAUUGUGAAAUAUGCAUAAAGAUUUGUGAGAUAUAAAAUGUGUUCUUUUAUGUUUCUUGUAAACUUUGGUGUCAGAGCCAAGCAGCGAGGCCAUAAAGGAGGCGAUCGGCUCACAGGUGCCGGGGUCAGUCGUCAUCUGAGUCACUCUUUGUCUUGCAUGUUCACCACACUGCUCUUCUCAUGUCAAAACAAAAGAAACUUUUCAACACAAGGAGUUUAAAAAAACAGUCAAAUUGCUUGUCAAGACAAUAGAGAAAAUGCCUCUUUGGAAGGAUGAAAGUGCUUUACCUCUUCCGUUCAUUUUCUCAGUAUUGUUGGUUCUUUGUAGCCUAUCUGUGUGUUUCCCUUUUGCUAUAAAAGAGGAUUAAAAAUGACAAAAAAAGAAAAUUGUUGGGUGAAGUCUUUUCUGUAUAGUAUGGGAUGGGCUAACGCCUCAGUCCGAUGCCAUUUCUACAUUACAUUGGCUCUUUUUUUUCCCCUCCCCUCUGUACAACACCUUCUGUAUUCACUUGCAUGUCCUUCUUCACGAAGAGAGUGAAUCAAGAAAUAAACUUUUAGGGUUUCAUUUUCUUUGACCUGUAAAAUAAACCCAUGCUCUUUUAUUUCCUUGUACCUGGAUCAAUAUCAAAUAAAAUAUUUUUGAAAAAUGGAAAA